AUGGACGACAUCGAGAUGAAUGGUUUUAAUGGAGCUCCCCCAGCACCUCCAGCUCCUCCGCCUGAUCUCAUUGAGCGUCCCCCAUCCCCUCCACCACCACCUCCCGAGGACUCUGGUGCUCCUCCGCCGCCGCCGCCAGAGAGUGCAGCCCCUCCCCCUCCUCCAGAUGACAGACCACCCGCGCCACCUGUUGAGACAAUCAAGAAAAAGCAAGGAUGGGGAUCAAAGCGACCAGCUGCGGCGCCAUUAAGUGUGGAGGAUCUCAUCCGCAAGAAGAAGGAAGCCGAAGCUGCAGCCGCAAAGCCCAAAUUCCUAUCCAAAGCACAGCGCGAGAAACUGGCACUAGAAAAGCGAGCGAAGGAGGUAGAGGCUGAACGACAAGCCAAGGCACAGACAAAUGGCUCCAAUGGUGCUGGUUCCAUAUCCCAAGCACCACGAAACUCGUACAACGAUCCGGACAGUGAUUCCAGAAGUAUAAGUGGCGGGGUCCCAACAGGACCACGGGCAAUGCGCGUGGAUGCUCCGUCGGGGCCAGCUUCUAUGCGGGGCCGCAAGGUCGAUAUGAACCCCCCUCCCCCUCCGCCGAAGGGAGGAAAGAAGUCACAGGGGGACAAGCGUCCUACAAAGCAAGACGAAGCUUUGACGGAAGCCGAAUUAAUCAAGAAACGAUAUAUGGGGGCGGAGCAAACAUCAAGCUUCUCAGCGCAAAAGAAGCGCAAGCGCACCACAGACAAAAAGUUCAACUUCGAAUGGAACACCGAGGAGGAUACAAGUGGUGAUUACAACCCUUUAUAUCAACAGCGGCAGGAGGCAAACUUUUUCGGACGAGGCCGUUUGGCUGGAUUUGGAGACGAUAUUGCGGAUAACCUGACGCGCAAAUAUGCGCAGGCAAUCCAAGAGCGGGAUCGCGAAUCUGGAGGUCUGCGCGCGAAGGAAAUGCUGGAUAUGGAGCGCCGUCGUCGUGAAGAGAGCACACGUCACCAGCUUGACAAGCACUGGAGCGAGAAGGAGCUGAGUCAUAUGCGCGAGCGUGACUGGCGUAUCUUCAAGGAAGAUUUCAACAUUGCCACUAGAGGUGGUAGUGUGCCUAACCCGAUGCGCUCCUGGAAAGAAAGUCUGCUCCCUCCGCGCUUGCUGGAACUUAUUGAUCGUGUUGGUUACAAGGAACCCACUGCCAUUCAACGUGCUGCCGUUCCCAUCGCCAUGCAAUCGCGUGAUCUUAUCGGUGUUGCCGUGACAGGUUCCGGUAAGACUGCUGCAUUUUUGUUGCCACUUCUUGUCUACAUCUCCGAAUUGCCCCGUCUUGAUGAGUUUGAGUGGCGCAAGAACGAUGGACCCUAUGCUAUUGUUCUAGCUCCUACUCGUGAACUGGCCCAGCAGAUUGAGAUUGAAGCGAAGAAAUUCACACAACCUCUUGGUUUCAAUGUUGUCAGUAUUGUUGGUGGUCAUUCACUUGAAGAACAAGCUUACAGCCUACGCGAUGGUGCGGAAAUCAUCAUUGCUACCCCCGGUCGUCUGGUAGAUUGUAUUGAGCGAAGAAUGCUGGUUCUGAGUCAAUGUUGCUACGUGAUUAUGGAUGAAGCAGAUCGUAUGAUCGAUCUAGGUUUUGAAGAGCCUGUCAACAAAAUCCUUGACGCUCUUCCCGUCACCAAUGAAAAGCCUGAUACCGAAGAAGCCGAGAACCCGCAAAGUAUGAGCCAGCAUCUCGGAGGCCGUGACAGGUAUCGUCAAACUAUGAUGUACACGGCCACUAUGCCGGCAGCUGUCGAGCGUAUUGCUCGCAAGUACUUGCGGCGCCCUGCCAUCAUCACUAUCGGAGGUGUUGGUGAGGCCGUCGACACAGUCGAGCAGCGCGUGGAAAUGGUUUCUGGCGAAGACAAGCGGAAGAAGCGUCUUGCCGAGAUUCUCACAUCUGGCGAAUUCCGGCCUCCCAUUAUCGUUUUCGUCAACAUCAAGCGAAACUGUGAUGCCAUUGCGCGAGAAAUUAAGCACAUGGGCUUCUCAUCCGUUACUCUGCACGGUUCGAAAACACAGGAUCAGCGUGAGGCUGCCCUUGCCUCCGUCCGCAACGGGUCAACGGAAGUUUUGGUCGCAACUGACCUUGCUGGACGUGGUAUUGAUGUUCCAGACGUGUCCCUCGUUGUCAACUUCAACAUGGCCACAUCGAUCGAGAGCUACACUCACAGAAUUGGUCGUACCGGUCGUGCAGGAAAGAGUGGUAUCGCCAUUACAUUCCUCGGCAGUGAAGAUUCCGACGUUAUGUACGACCUCAAGCAGAUGCUCAUCAAGUCACCUAUUUCUCGUGUUCCUGAGGAGCUACGGAAGCACGAAGCUGCGCAGUCCAGGCCUCAUCGUGGUCCUGGAAAGAAGAUUGAGGAUAGUUCAGGGUUUGGUGGAAAGGGCGGCUGGGCUUAA